UCUCUCUCCAUCUUUGCUACCUACCACCGCCGGCGCGCCUGGGAGGCGAGGAGGCAGAGAGAGACAAGAGUGUGUGUGCCGUGUGCGUGAGGGAGGAGUGGGAUCAGACGGAAGAUGAGAUAGGAGGGAGGAUCCUCUCCUCCUCCUUGGGUUCCGCGGGAUAUCGAGAUCGCGCACCGGAGAUCCUUCCUUCGCCUUCUGGUUCUGGGAUUCAUGCGACAUGCCACCUGAACAUGGAAUGCCUACUGGAACCGCUGAUGCUGUUGCAAAUAGGAGGCCUCGUCGCCUCUUUGGGAGACCAUCCGAGAGGAAGAACCCACUCAACCUUCAGUUUGAGCGUCAAGUAGCACGCCUUGAAUCAAGACAGCAACAACAGAGGUGUAUUGUCGUGACAUUUAUUCCCAUAAAUUUAUGUUGUUUCGACUUCAAAUCACCAUCGCUCACCGAGAAUGGGAACAAUCAUCCCUCAUCUCAACCUAUAUCUCCAGAAGAUACAUCAUCCUUAUCACCAACCUCGCCAUCAAUUCUUUUCCUGCCAUAUCCUCCAGAUGGAUCUCACAGAAGAUGGCCAGGUAAUUCAUCAAGGCUACUGGAAGAUAGAUCCACCACUUCCAAUAGCACGUCCAAUUCUGAUUUCUUAGUCAACAGCUUUACCAAGCCAAGUGGUAAUGCAAGACAUACUUCAAGAAGGAAGAGCAAAAAGAAAAGCAAGAAGCACAGGCAACGUUGUAGGAAACCAACGGAUGGGCCUGAAGCUAAAUGCGGAGAGACUAACAGUGCUGCCCCUGCAGUCGAUGAAGGUGAUUGUGAAGAUUUGACACUGUCACCUAAGCACGUUGGUGACAUACACUUUGAGGAAACUUUUUCUCCCAGUUCAUCUGUUAAGGAAGCUUCUGAAGAGGCUCCUGAGAGUGACAAUGAUAAUGAGUACCGUUGCUGCUCAGUUGGUUCAGUUUCCAGUGCGUCCUACUGUGAUGAGACAGAACCGUCUAGAUCGGCAAUUUCGUGUCCAGGACUGCGUGGACAAUGUAAUAGCAGUAACUUAAGGUAUUUGGACAGUGCUCAAAAUUCCGUGUUUACAGGUUCAGCUCAGGAAACAUGUUAUGCUGGCAGUAGUGUGAACUGUAACCAUGAUACCAAGACUCUGUUAAUCUUAAGCAAUGAACGUGAACCUGGUCCGUGUGAAGCGACAGAAUUUUGCAGCUCUAGUAGUGGAUUUGAUGAGAACUGGCUAGAGAAACCUGAUUAUGAUAGUGGUAUUUGUUCCCAAAAUGGCAUUGGUGCUUGCAGUGGAGUCCAGGCAGUCCAUUUGUGCAGCGACACAAGCAGGGACAAUGAUUUCUGUCUUGUAAUAUCUAGAAAGAGGGCAAGAAAAGAGAAGAAAAUGUUACUGUGGAAGAGUUAUGGAGAGCGGGUGUCCACAUUUACACAUGAUCGGAAUGAAAAAUAUGUUGGCCGGGCUUCUGUGCCAGUGACCAAAGAGGUCCGCACCGAUCAUCGGUCCCAUAGACAAAAUCAUAUUGGUGGGAUACAGCCUCAGCAUGGAACUGCAAUAAAACACCCCUCCAAGAAUUUCAUGCAAAGGCCAAGUAGUGUUCGCAUGGAGACCCACAAUGGACUUCCAGCAGAAGAUUCCAAGUUACAAGCAAGUCCCAAUUAUUUUAUAGGUCCAAGAGAAAAAACUUAUGAACAAUCAACUAGCGAUUUUGACAAAGCACAGCGGCUUUAUUUGCACGGAAAACUAUCCGUUGCUCUUCACAGCAGAGAAUCAAUCCAUUGUGAGACGGGAUCGGUUUCCUCUUCUGAAACGACAACUCCGAAGUCAUCAGGUGAAUCAACAGAUAUUUCUGUAGCUCUUUCCGUGCAGAAAAGAAGACUGCACGAUUCAGUUCAAAUUAAUGAUGCCAAUGAAACUAUUUCUGGACAAUCAUCACCUGGGUCUAAGUCCACGACAACUGAGUUAUUGGUUGGAUGUGGUACAGUUCCAUCUGUUCAAGGGAACCAUGGCUGUCAACAGUUCUGUAACUCUAGAACACAUCUAGUUGAAAUGCUCAGGGUUGUAAAUGAUGCCUACAAAGUUCAGGUUGCUGCAGAUGUUCACCUUGCUGCUGGUUAUCCAAUUACUGAUCUUGAAACAUUUAUAUAUUCUGCAACUCCAGUUAUUGGUCAUGCACCUUGCUUGAGAGGCAGCAAUUGUUCAUGGGACGAAGCAGUUAGCAGCUCAGUUUGUCAGCAUGACAUUUCUAAUGUUUCCUUAAGGACCAUAUGGGAGUGGUAUGAAGAGCCAGGGUGCUAUGGAUUGGAAGUAAAAGCUCUUAAUGAUCUCAGCUCUAAAACAUCCUGCAGCAGCAGUUCAGAGUUCUUUGCAUACUUUGUACCUUAUCUAUCUGCUAUUCAGUUGUUUGGGUGGUCUAGGAAUAACAUGGAUCACAGUUUCGGUGUACAAGGGAGAGAGUUACUGAAAGCAUCAAAUACUGCAAGCUCUUUGAGCUCUCAUCCUGUGCAUGCAAAGGUGCAUAAACCGUUUGAGGAAAGUAACGCAUACUCAUCAGAGUCAUCUUUAGUUGUAGAAGGUCAUGGAGAACUCAUGUUUGAGUACUUUGAAACAGAGCAGCCUUCUUUUCGGCCCCCGUUAUUUGAAAAGAUUAAGGAGCUUGUUAGCGGUGCAAACGUUUCUGACCACCGAAUUUUUGGGGACCCUGAAAAGCUGCAAAACACAAAAUUGUGUGAGCUUCAUCCAGCUUCCUGGUUCUGUGUGGCAUGGUAUCCUGUUUAUCGUGUACCUCGUGGGAACUUCCGUGCAGCAUUUCUUACUUACCAUUCACUGGGCAAAUUGGUUCCUCAAAAAUGCUCCAUGGAUAUGACUGGUGGGCAUCCGCGUGUAGUUUCACCAGUUGUCGGUCUCCAGAGUUACAAUGCCAAGGGAGAACAGUGGUUUCAGCUGAGAUGCCCAGAUCUGAAGCAAUUGCCAACUGACGAGGCCAGUUGUGCUGAAGUUCAGAAAGAGAGGCUGAGGACACUGAAGAUGGGUGCACUGGCCAUGGCAAGAGCUGUUGUCCCGAAGGGAAGUGGGGAGUCCGUGAACCACCAUCCAGAUUACGAGUUCUUCCUGUCCCGGUGCAGCUAGGCUAGGCGGCUAUGCUCCGAAGAAACGGCGUGUUCCGCUUCCUGUUGACUGUAGUGCAGCAAUCAAAAGAAAAAAAAAAGAAAGAAAGUAGUGACUAACUAGAGGCCUGCUAUAAUAUAGUUGAUCCAAGAGGGGAGGGAGAGAGAGAGAGAGAGAGAGCAUGUGGGUGAUUCUAAUCACCCACCAUAUAGAAGGCAGAUUACAUACCAUCUAACCUGAUACCAGAUUACCGA